AUGUAUUCGUAUCUGAAUGAAAACGAUGAUUCCACUACCGUGAACUUCAGUUCCUACGGCAAAUUUCUACCCGGAAAAGGAAACCAGUUGCUUACUAUUGGUGCCAAGUAUCUAAGAUUGUUUCGAACAAACCCAUACACUUUAAUCCCUCCAAAGGAUGCAACUGAGGAAUGGAAGCAGAAAACAAAAUUGGAAUGUGUCUACAGCUGUCGUUUUAUGGCCCCUAUCCAGUCGUUUGCAAAAGCAAAAUUACCAGGUUACCCGGCUUCUGAAGCCCUGCUGCUUGCAUUCGAGGGUUGUAACGUGUCCGUAGUAGCUAUUGAUGCAGAAGACCGUGCACUGAGCACUAUAUCCUUGCACAGUUUCCUGUCUGAAUUCAAGCGUGACGGUUUUAGUCAUCACUUCCACGAGCCCAUUGUCAGAACAGAUCCAGCAAACAGAUGUGGCGCCGUUAUUGUCUACGACAGAAUUCUUGGAAUUUUACCGUUCGAUGGCGACUUUAUCAACAGUUUCUCCAUUCCUCUCUCUGAUAUUGAUCAUCGACUCGAGAAUGUUGUCGACAUAAUUUUCCUUGAUGGAUACUAUGAGCCUACACUCCUGUUCCUCUACGAACCGCAUCAAACAACUGCUGGACGAGCAUCCGUUCGCUAUGACACCAUGCAUUUAUUGGGAGUGUCGGUUAACGUGUUCGAUGAGCAAGUGGCCAUUGUCUGGCAAGUUGGCAGUCUUCCAAUGGAUUGUAACAGGUUGGUUGCCAUUCCUAAACCUCUGGGAGGUGUUCUUGUGAUUGGAUCUAAUGAGGUCAUCUACCUCAAUCAGUCGGUUCCUCCAUGCGGAAUAAGUCUUAACAGCUGUUAUGACAACUUCACAAAAUUUCCCCUCAAGGAUCUUAAGCACAUGUCGAUGACUUUAGACGCUGGUCCUGCUGAAUGGAUUGGAAAUAAUCGAGUGGCAUUGGGCACUAUGGACGGAAGGCUGUUUGUCCUGAAAUUGGUAACAGAUUCGUCCGAAACUGUCAGAUCGUUAACAUUAGACCAUGUUUUCGACACGUCGAUUGCUUACUGCAUGACUUUAUGUGCCUCUGGACGUCUUUUUGUUGGCUCAAGACUUGGGGAUUCGCAGCUCCUGGAAUUUUCCAUAGAAAAGGAGGAGUCAGCGGAAGAGAUAACUCAAGAGGCAAAGAAGCCCAAGGUGGAGCAGACUAUAAAUCCAGAUGAUGAUGAUAUCGAACUGUAUGGGGAGCAAAUAAUUGAACAAGUGACCACGCUUACAUCAGAUGUGAAGGAAAAAAUGAUAUUCCGGGAGCUGGAUAAGUUAACCAACAUAGGGCCAAUCAAGGCGAUCACUGCAGGAGGAGCUCAUGGAAUCGGUCCUAUCCUUCUUGAGCAGGAUCGGGCUGAUCCUGUUUUUGACGUCGCAACGGCAUCAGGCAACUUGGUAAAUGGAUCUAUUUGCGUCCUCCAAAGAACAGUGCGACCGGAUGUAAUUACAAGCAGCUUUUUGCAAGAUGCACAGCAGCUCUGGGCAGUAGGCAGACGAGAGGAUGAUUCACACAAGUACCUUAUUGUUUCCCGCACUCGUUCUUCGCUUAUCCUUGAGUUGGGAGAAGACAUGGUCGAGUUGGAGGAGCCAUUAUUUCUUUCUGAUGAACCUACAGUAGCUGCUGGAGAGCUUGCUGAUGGUGGUCUCGCCGUCCAGGUCACCUCUCUUCGCGUCGCAUUGGUAGCGGAGGAGCAGCAGCUACAACAAAUAGACCUUGAUUCGAAUUUCCCGGUGGUUGCAGCUUCUAUUGUCGAUCCAUAUGUUGCCCUCCUUACUCAGAAUGGUCGUCUAAUGCUUUAUCAACUUGUGCUCAUUCCUCAUGUACAUCUUAAGGAAAUCGACCUAAGCGGUAGCGCGUUUGCUGAGAAAACCGUUCACCAUCGAGCUCCACUCACGGCACUGUCAAUAUAUCGAGAUAUGAGCGGUCUCAUGAUCUUUUCAGAUGGUGCUGACGAUUUUUACGAAAGAAGAUUUACUAAGCCAAAGAAGAAAGCGGUGUCUCGACGAGGAACAGCGGAUUCCAUCGACAUCGAUCUGUACGGUGAAGAAGUUGUCACGCAUAUGCCAAGCACGGUUGUUGACGAGGAUGAACUCCUCUACGGUGAUACAGGAUCAAACAAGAAAGAUGAGGGUGUUCGCAAAAGGAAGCGAAUGGCUGAAGUUACCAGUGUGACGACCGGUGGAGAGGAAUCCGACGCCAUCGAUCCCAAUACAGUGGAACCUACGUACUGGCUCAUCUUGGCCCGUGAUAGCGGAAAAGUUGUAAUUCACUCCCUUCCAGACAUGAGAGUAGUUUACCAGUUUCUAAAAUUCGGACUGAUGCCUGAACUCGUGACCGAUCUGAUGCCAGACGAGGAAGAAAAAGAUCGCAAGGAACAAGAAGCGCGCGCCGAACAGUUCGAGAAUUCAUCAGUCCAAUUUCGUCCAAAUGAGAGAAUUGUGGAAAUACAAAUCGUUGGUAUGGGUAUAAACCAAGGCCAUCCAACGCUAAUGGCAGUGAUCGACGAUCAGGUUAUCACCUAUGAGAUGUACAAAUGGAGGAAUCCUUUAAUAGAGCAUCUUGCGAUUGGCUUCCGUCGCUUACCAUUGACAGUGACUAUCAGAUCCGCACCUUUUAUGGGGCAUGAUGGAAGAAGAGCUGAAGUCGAAGUAGGGAGAGAAAUUGAGCAACAUCGCGUCAUCAUUCAUCCGUUCGAGCGCGUUUGUGGUGUAAUGCAUGGAGUUGUGCUGACUGGUGCGUUCCCAUGCUUAGUAUUGGUUGGAGCCUGGGGCGGAUUACAGUGUCAUCCCAUGACAAUUGACGGUCCAAUAUCGGCUUUUACCGCAUUUAAUAAUCAAAAUGUACCAAACGGGUUUCUAUACAUAGCAAGAAAUUUACAGGAGUUGCGUAUUGCACGGUUGCAGGGAGAAAUUGACUACGAGCUGCCCUAUCCAUGUAGAAAAGUGCCUAUUGGGUCAACGGUUCAUCACGUCCGCUACAUCAUGAGCAGCCAGGUGUAUGCUGUGACAACUUCCGUACCGAUGAAGAGCAACAAAAUAUGGGUAGUAGUAAAUGACGACAAACAGGUUGAAACACACGAGAAAAACGACAAUUUCGUUCUUCCAUCCAUUCCGCAGUACUCUCUUAAUUUAUACUCUGCUGUGGAUUGGAAACCUGUACCUAACACGGAUAUAAAAUUCGAAGAGAUGGAGGUAGUCACUGCAUGUGAAGAGGUCACAUUACGCUCUGAGUCCACAAUAAGUGGAAUGCAAGUGUAUCUUGCCGUUGGCACAAUCAACAACUAUGGUGAAGAGGUAUUAGUUCGAGGUCGAAUCAUACUUGCAGAAAUAAUAGAUGUUGUUCCGGAACCGGGGAAGCCUACUUCCAAACAUAAAAUCAAAAUUGUAUAUGACAAGGAACAGAAAGGGCCGGUCACAGCGCUUACCUCAAUCAAUGGUCUACUUUUGAGUGGAAUGGCACAGAAGGUGUUCAUUUGGGGUUUUCGCGACAAUGACCUUCAAGGAAUUUCAUUUCUUGACAUGCAUUAUUACGUGCAUUCAUUGAUAUCUAUUCGAAAUCUCGCUAUCGCGUGUGAUAUGCACGACUCCAUGUCACUCAUUCGAUUCCAAGAGCAGUUCAAAGCGCUCUCGGUGGCGUCGAGAGAUGAUCGGCCCGAUGUACCAUCUCCCAUGGCAGCAGAGUUCCUUGUGGAUAAUAACCAUCUAGCGUUCUUAAUGUCUGACGAAGCUGGCAAUAUCUGUAUGUUCAACUACAUGCCCGAAACACAAGAGUCAAAUGGUGGAGAACGGCUCAUUCUUCGAGGUAUCCUGAAUAUUGGUACAAAUGUGAACGCAUGGCUGCGAAUCAGGGGCCACACAUCAUUAUUCAAUCUAUCACCAUUAGAAGCAAAAAAUGUAAUGCAGCAGCAUACAUGUUUGUGGGCAUCGCUCGAUGGUUCACUAGGAAUUGUUCGCCCAAUCUCAGAAAGGCAAUUCAGGCGACUUCACUUCUUGCACCAGUGCAUGUCAAACUCUGUUGGACAAUACGCCGGUUUGAAUCCAAAGGGCGCACGAGGAGGAAAACCUGUUCGCCCUCUGAUCAACGCUACGAAUAACAAGAACAUGGUGGACGGAGAAUUGGUAGAGCAGUUUAUGCACCUUUCCACAACCCGAAAGCAAGAUUUAGCAAGAAGUCUCGGUGCGAGCAGGUACCAUAUAAUGGACGACUUGGUUCAGAUACAGCGAUUAUCCACGUUUUACUAG